UUAAAAUGGCAAUGGCGCGAUUUCAUGCGAUUUUUACAGUAAUCAGUGAACGAACACGACAAACGGCUACCGGUACUACUUUACGUAUUUUUUUUAAAACUAAAAUUUAUAAAUUACGAAGUUUCGCGGAGCUUGGGUUUUGAUAACGGUCUCGUAGGAAUUACGGGCCACUUAAACACGGGGAUUGGGCUUGUGGGCCUUGGGCCCAAGCCCAAAGCCCAUUAAACUAACCCUAGUAUAUAUUUGUAGCUACAACCUUAUCCUUCAUUCGAAACCACAAAACUAAAUCACGCACACAAUCUGCUCUCUUUCAUCUUCAAGUUGAAGAAACCCUAAUCCUCUAAUUCCCCUUCUCUUGAUUAUGCCUACAAUUGCACACAGACAAAUUAUGUCUGAUCUAUCAUCUACACCUAAAUAAAAACCUCAUCACCAUCAUCCUUACAAAACCUUCUUUUUCUUUGCCACUUUCUCUCGAAUUACAUACAGACAAACACACACAUACUCUACUAAAACUCCCUUCACCAUCUUUAAAAAAAAAGAUAUUAACUCCACUCUCACAUACCCUCUCUCUCUCGUGAUGCUCCUGGUCGACGAUGAUCGGAGCUUGUUAACCGCCGGCUGUCGGCGGUGUUACCAGCCGACAACACCCUCCCUCCCUCCUGUUGAUUUUCUCCGGCGAACACUCAGGUCACUCCGGUGACUAACCCACUUGUUCCGGCUCCCCACUCGAAGCAGAAACAACUGCCACCACCCUCGUUGGUGGCACACGGCGACGAUACACGAAGAGAUAGAGAGAAAGGGGCAAGCGGUGGAGGUUGACGACGACUUUAAUUUCUUUCGACAUGCUCACUGCUGGAAAAGGUGAUGUCUUCAGUGGUGGUGUUCACGGAAUAACAAAACCGCCACGCGGUGGCAGCCGGUGACGGCAGUGGUGGUGGUGGUUAUAUUGAUUCAGGUGACUCGGUUUCAGUUCGGGUCAUGGGUCGAGACGCGGGUUCGAGUCAGCGGGUCAAACCCGGUCGACUCGGGUCAAACCGAGUAGACUCGGGUCAACAACAGGCGCAACGGAUCAGGGCGUGGUUAGUUUGGGCAGGUUUCUCCAAUUAGAGCUUCGCGACACGAACGGUUCGAAAUUAAAGUCACAUUUUUGGUUCGGGUCCCAGUCAACAUCAUGUCAACGUGAGGUCAAACGCAGUCGACUCGAAGACCCGGAAUGCUUUAGUUACACGCUAGCGAGUCCACAUUCUUGGAAUGACAUCACGGAAUCACGUUAAGCUAGCUUUGCACAGGAAUGUCAAGGGCGGUAACUCACCAUGUCCCAACGGUAACUGCUGUAGUCAAUACGGUUAUUGUGGAAACACUCCAGCUCACUGCUUGCCGUCAAAUAACUGCCAGUAUCAGUGCAGUGGCGCCGGUGGUGGUGGCGGUGGUGGAGGUGGUAGUAAUACUGUUGGCGCCAUCAUUACUUCAUCAGUGUUUAACCAAAUGCUCAAGUACCGAAACGACCCCAGAUGCAAAGCCCCUGGAUUUUACACUUACAAUGCUUUCAUUAACGCUGCGAGAUCUUAUAACGGGUUCGGUACCACUGGAAGCGCUCAAGACCGGAGAAGAGAGCUCGCGGCUUUCUUUGCUCAAACCUCCCAUGAAACAACAGGUGGAUGGUCAAGUGCACCAGAUGGCCCAUAUGCAUGGGGAUAUUGUUUUGUUAGAGAACAAAACCAGGCCAAUAGGCCCAGUAGGUACUGUGACUCCCCUAAAUGGCCAUGUCCCAAAAGCUACUUCGGUAGAGGACCUAUACAACUAUCUCACAACUACAACUAUGGGCUGUUUGGGAGAUCAAUUGGAAGGGACUUGAUCAACAAUCCCGAUCUUUUAGCCACCGAUCCAACCUUAUCUUUUCAGUCAGCAAUAUGGUACUGGAUGACUCCACAAGGUAACAAACCAUCAAGCCAUGACGUUAUCACUAGAAGGUGGACACCAUCAGCCGCUGACAGGUCAGCUGGUCGUGUCUCGGGUUUCGGUGUGAUCACGAACAUCAUCAAUGGUGGUUUAGAAUGCGGGCGUGGUCGGGAUAAUAGGGUGGAGGACAGAAUUGGGUUUUAUAGAAGGUAUUGUAGCAUUUUGGGAGUUAGUCCUGGAGACAAUCUUGAUUGCUACAAUCAAAGGCCUUUUGGUUAAACAAAUAAAUAUGUUAAUGUAAUAAUAAAUCCAUUUCUAUAAUGGGUAUUUCAAAUGCUAGUUCCAUAAAUAAAAAUAUUGCUGUUCUCUAUUGCA